UGAGAAGAGUAUACUAAAGAAUCUGUUUAGAGGCUAAGUCAGAACAGAACCUAACUUAUUAUGAGGGUUCAAUUCUCUGGCUUGCAGUUUUCUUAAUUUCUUCGUGAAAGCAGUGAAUUAGGAUAUUAAAAUGAGUGAUUUUGCAAUUGCUGAAAUUUUUUUCAAACUUAAGCCUUUAUGUGAAUCUUUUGAAACAGAACCAAGUGCAGAAAAAGCAUCGCAAAUUACUUCACUAGUUAAACGAACCUCUGAUACAAUUAUUCAAAAAAUUUAUGAUAUUAUUUUAUAUCCACUGACGCGUCAUUUAAAGCGCAAUACUCUCAAAAGAGAUGAUAAUUUAAAAUUAGUAGAAACUGUUCAAGUAAUUUUGCUUAAGACUAAGAUUGAUAAUUUGAAAUUAUUCCACGAAAUUUAUUUUUGUUUACGUUCUCAAAUAUGCCAACAAGAGAGUACAACAGAAUUAAUAGAAGCUCAUGAGGAAUUGAAAGAAGUUGUUAUUCAAUGCCUGGGUAAUCUUUUUAAAAGCUGUUCAAUCAGCAUUAUAGAAUCAUUUUAUACUAGGCAAUCGGCUGCUUUAUUAAGUCAUGGUAUAUGGUUAUGUGUUAAAAUAGCUAAGCAAGAAAAAUCAACAUCCCUCAGAUUAGCAGCUAUGGAAGCUAUCAUGGCUUUAUUACAAUUGCAUAAUGAGGCUGAUUCUCAAGAUAUUGUUUUACGUCAUCAAAUAGCUGAUGUCGCAAUGUUAAUUUUGCCUGGAGUUAUAACAGGACUGUUAGAUGUAGCUCUUGGUAGUGACAUCCAAAGUCAUAAAAUUACAAUGAUGGCAAUAAGAGUGUGGAGUAGAGUACUGACUCUUGUUAUGCAAGAUACACCUCAAGAAGAAAGUACUAAAAUAUCAUCCAUUACAUUAGAUCAUAUUAAAUCAAAAGAUAUAAAAAAUCUUAAUACAAUAAAACAAAUUUUACAAACUGCAAAGCGAACUCCUGAGUGGUACAGUGCUGUAUCUCAUAAAUUUAAAGUAAUUUUUAUAGAACUUGACAAUAUAACUAAACAUUCUCAUUUUAAAGUUCGUUUGGAACUAGUACAAGGAGUUACAGUUAUACUAUUGUCCUGCAGCAGUAACAUGAAGUCAUGUUUCCAAGUAUUAUUGGAAAUUUUAAUAACUUUGUCUGAGGAUGAAAAUUCUGAAGUUGCUAAUACAGCAAAUAAAAGUCUGACUGAAAUUCAAAAUAAGUGCCUUCAACAUAGUAGCAUGAAAUCUGUAAUUGAAAUACUUGAAGAAAAUCUAUACAAUCUUUUAACAAAACUACCUAGAAUAAUUAGAACUUCAGGUGAAUCACUACAGAUAGUCUGGUUAAAUAGAUUGACUGGUUACUUGAAGGUACUUGGAAAGCAAAGACUAUCUGUAAUUUUGCUUUCUGCGGCACAUUUACAAAAACUUUUAUUAUCUUUGAUAUACAUAUCUGAAAUGGAUUCUAGUAAUAUUUCAUUGUUAGAAGACCGAACUACUACAAACUUUGAAGAAAGUGCUUUGCAUGGAAUUUCAAAAUAUUGGAAGCAACAUACAUUUUUGUUCGAUUCUGCUUCAAUAGAAAAAUUAUAUAAUAUUUUUAAAAUUUUAGGAGAGUUUGUAGAUCAAAAAAUGUUAGUUAAUAACAUAAUAAAAAUGAGUCUCGAAAUUCCAAAGUUCAAAACAGAAUUGACAUUAAUUUUGAACGUAAUUUUACAAGCUUCCAUGGAAUCUACAGCCAAAAUGCCAAUAUGUAAGCAGGUGAUUGAACAUUACGUAGCAACAGAUUACUGGUACUUACCUAUUAAAGUGUCUGAACAAAUACCUCUUCAAAUAGCACAAAGUAAUAUUGUGCAAUGCUGUUUACUAUUGGAGGGUAUUGGCAUAAUAGCAAACACUUUGAAAGAAGAUUUCCAAUAUUUACUUUUAAAAACAUUAUACUUGGUGAUUGAAAGAGCAGGAAGUGAACAUAGUUUAUUACGUUUUAUUGGAUUGUCAACUGCUCAAACUAUUGCUGAAUCUUUAGGAUUUAGUACAUUAGGAGAUUUGUUCAAAGCAAAUGUUGAUUAUAUUACAUAUUAUGUAACUCUAAAAUUACGACGUGUAGAGAGAAAUCCUGAAGUUUUAAAUGUAAUUGAAGUUGUUACAAAUUACAGCACAGUUGACUUUCUAUCUUAUUUAAAAGAAAUUGUAGAUGAUUUACUAUUACAAUCAGCUUCUAGUAUUCAAAAACACAAUGCUGAAUCCUUUUUGAAAGUUUUCUAUGCAUUUGUGCUAUGUGUUCAAAGAUUAAUUUUGAAUGAACCAAUAUCUCAAAAUAAGCCUCUAGAAGUAAAAUUCCAAAAACCAUCAGACAUAGUAAUACAUAAUUUUUUGGAAUUUUACAAAGCGAAAAUGGAUUCACAGCUAUAUGAAGAUUUUGGUGGAUUUAAUGAUGAGUUGAAGGAGUCUGAUCUAGAUAAUAUUGAAAACAACAAUAAUGAUGGAAAUAAUCAUCAAAAUUAUGUUGAAGAUAAAAAAGAUGAAAAUGUCCCCUUUUAUAUUAAUAUGAUUAAAGAUAUUAUGAAAAGAUGUUUACAUUUUGUGCCAUCACAGAAUUUUAGUGAAAGUUCUAUAGCUAUGUUAACAUUAAAAGAAGGUUCUUUGAUCCUCGAAAAAUGGGAAAAUGUUUUACUUCCAAUUGUACAUGAAUUAUGGCAUCCGUUAGUUGAUCGAUUUCAAAAUCCAAAUCCACUUGUUGUUAAUCAAGCAUGGCAAUUAUUAUGUCGCUUGGCUCAAGUUUCUCAAGAUUUUAUUCGUUCGCGUACUCUCAAGCAAAUUCUACCAGCUUUAACAACUUUUUUGAAAAAUUCAUCCAAGGAAAGUUUGAAAAAAGAUUCAGGAAGUACUUAUAAAUUCACACAAAUGUUUAAAUUACAAAGGGAAAUAUUAUGUGGACUGGCAGGACUCAUUAAAAAUUUAAAACUAUAUGAAAGGGAUAUUUGGAAUCUAUUACAAAUUACUGAACCUUAUCUUGACAGUUGCCAGCAUUUGCAACUACAGGGUUACUGUAUAAAUAUGUAUAAAGAUAUUGCAGAUUAUAAUGCAGACAUUGUUUGGAUAAAAUGCAUAGAUAUUUGGAGUAAACAUGUUGAUUCUGUUGUACCUGAAAAUCAACUCAAUGUUUGGUAUUCAACGGUGGCGAAUCAAGAUCAAAACAGUAACUAUUAUCAGAAUUUGAAAAAAAUAUUUGUACACAUAAAUUCAAUCCAUAUAAUUUUGUAAAAAAUUGUUUAACCGUUCAAUAUUUGUUGCAACGCGUGUGUGUGCGUGUUAUUGUAUUUAUUUUAUUGCAUUUAAUAAUAAAACUUUUUAUUUUU